AUGGCCCCAUCCUCUACACAACCUGGGCCCACAGCCAAUAACCCGGCCAGCAACGGCAGACCCCACGAAAGCGCCAGCGUAUCCAACGGCAACAACGAACACUGGUCCAAGGAACUGUUACAAGACAUGGACGCCAUGAUGAAACGAAUGGACUUCAUGAGGGAUGAUCUGUCCAAGAUUCAAGAUGAGGUUGUCACUCUGCGCAGGUCGUUCGGGGAUAUCCACAAAUUGCUCAACGACCUAAAGGAGCUGGUAGCCCCAGAAACCGGCCCUGACGCCUCCACCUAA